UUUGAAAUAUUUCUAAAAUAAUAAUGAAAACCACAGUAAGGAUCAUACCGUCCUUUCUUCCAUCCUAACCCUAAGUCCCACUUAAUGCCUUUCCUGGUUUAUAUGCCACUUUGGAAAUAAACUGUCUUUUCAAACUGGCAGAAGCCUCCAGUCAAACCAACUUUUGUAAGCUUUCAUAGCCUGGGGUAAAUCAAGAUUCUCCUUAUUCUAGGGAUUCUCAGCUCCUGUGUGUGGAAAGAAAAAUAUCUGUAAAAUUUCAAAUGCUCAUAGGUUACCUCCAGACCAUUGAUAUCUAAAAUAUCUGUAUACUUUGAAACCAAACUGAGUUUCUUUCAUUCACCUUCGCUCCUAACAAGCAGCAAAAUACUUUAUGAUCGUUGUUCUAGGUCAUUCAUUUCUCUUGUGAUUUUUCCAUGAAAGGAAACUGAAUUUGCUGAUACUGUUCGUCUGUUUUUCUAAUCUGUUCAACAAAAUUCCACCAUAAGAUUAGGAGACCAAUUAGCCGUUUUAAGCGAGGAGCAUUCCAAAAUUAAAUUACUCUUAGAACCUCUAAUCAGGGCAAAAUAUGCAAGUUUUAGGUCCACCUGUAUUCAUAUCAGUUUGUUCCUCUAGUAAAUACUCAAAUUCUUAUUGCAUAUUUGAUUGAUUGCAUAUUCAGUGCAUAUAAGCACUGAAUUAAUUAAACUAUAAACAAUGCAUUCAGCAACUUAAAUUGAGGUUUGCAUGGUAUUUAUAAUGUUUAGCACUAAUAAUCCAUGAUCAGAGAAGAACAGGUUUUUCAGUCUAUAUUACAUACCAUGGCAAUUUGCGUAUCACCUCACACAUUUCAUUUAUUACCAUGCUGCAACUUUACCUUACCUGAUGGUGCUUUUACCUUACCUGAGUGAUCUUUACAUUCAUACUAUCACAUCAUUCAAACAGGUUAACAAUGGUGACAAAAAAUAAUUAGGCAUUGUCCUGCUAAAUAUGUUUAAAGACCCAAAACUAAACCUUAAAGCUUUAUUAUUUGGUGGAACUCCAUGUUAACAUCUGCAGAUUCAAAAAUACUGAUCCACCGUAAAUUAUUUUAGUACAGUAAGACUAUAAAUUAUAUGGAAUUGUAUAGAGAUGGAAAACAAAAUUAGCUUUUGCUCUGUGCUUCAGGUUGCAAAAUGAGCCCAAAUUUCCUAUCUAAAGGUAGCGGGUUCUUCUCCAUAUUCUACUCCUAAGGUUGAUUACUUGAAAGGCAUUGGUAUUCAUGGAUUUCUGCUUCCCUCAACAGAAGAGAAGUCAACCCUUCUUUUGAUAGAUAGUGAACAUGUACCUGUUCAGAAAAGUUUCCUCAUUGCUUCACAUCAAGAAGAGGUUCUUUAAGCAUGCAAAUAAUCCAUUAAAAAAAUGCUUCAGAGAGUAAUAUUGUCAUCGUAUAUGAAGCACUGACCAGGCAAUAAACUACACCCACUACUUCAUCUACCAAGACUGAUCAAAUGGCUUUCCUUUUACAGUGAUGUCCUCAGUGGAAAGGAAGCAAUAGCUGGAAAUUCCAGUCCCAACCUUCAUCUCCUUCCUGCAACUAGGUGCUAUCAAAACUGUUCUAGGAAAAGUUUGCUGAUCUAAAAUACGGAAGUAGGAUAUAGUCCAAUGAAAGACUACAUAUGAGAAGUGCUGAAUAUUGUGUAAACAACUGAUCCUGUGUCUGAGAACUCUUUCUAGAAAGAACUCUGCAGAGCCUUGAUCCUGACCUGGCUCUCCCCACCUGGCAGAACUGCUCAGAGCUGCUGUAGAAUUCACCCCAGUUUCCUCUUUCAGUCUGUGGAGUGGGGUCCAGCCUCUUGCUGAGCAAGUUGAGAGGAAUUGGCUGUCUUUGAUCUCCACCUCCAGAAGCAACCUUGACAGGAUCAGAGUCAAGGAAUAUUUUCAUAAUGGACACUUCAUCCAAAGAAAAUAUCCAGUUAUUCUGCAAAAGUUCAAUGCAACCUGUUGGGCGACCUUCCUUAACAACAGAAUAUUCUCCCUCAAAGGAGAAACAACAGUGCUGUGGUGAACUGAAGGUAUUUUUGGGUGCCUUGUCUUUCGUUUACUUUGCCAAAGCAUUGGCAGAAGGCUAUCUGAAGAGCACCAUCACUCAGAUAGAGAGAAGGUUUGAUAUCCCCUCUUCACUGGUGGGAGUUAUUGAUGGUAGUUUUGAAAUCGGGAAUCUCUUAGUUAUAACAUUUGUUAGCUACUUUGGAGCCAAACUUCACAGGCCAAAAAUAAUCGGAACAGGUUGCCUAAUCAUGGGAGUUGGAACACUGCUCAUUGCAAUGCCUCAGUUCUUCAUGCAGCAGUACAGAUAUGAAAAGUAUUCUCCUUUCUCUAAUUCCACUCUGAGCAUCUCUCCAUGUCUCCUGGAGUCAGACAAUCAAUUACCUAUCUCAAUUAUAGAAAAAUCACAAUCCAAAAGAAGUGAUGAAUGUGAAAUUGAUGCCAGCUCUUCCAUGUGGGUUUAUGUUUUCCUGGGGAACCUUCUUCGUGGAAUUGGGGAAACUCCUAUUCAGCCUCUAGGCAUUGCCUACCUUGAUGAUUUUGCCAGUGAAGACAAUUCUGCUUUCUAUAUUGGGUGUGUGCAGACGGUUGCAAUUAUAGGACCAAUCUUUGGCUUCCUGCUAGGCUCAUUAUGUGCCAAACUGUAUGUUGACAUUGGCUUCGUAAACCUAGAUCACAUAACCAUUACUCCCAAGGAUCCUCAGUGGGUAGGUGCCUGGUGGCUGGGUUAUCUAAUAGCAGGAAUUGUAAGCCUUCUUGCAGCUGUGCCUUUCUGGUGUUUACCCAAGAGUCUACCUAGACCCCGAAGUAGAGAGGAUUCCAAUUCUUCCUCUGAGAAAUCCAAGUUUAUUAUGGAUGAUCGCACAGACUACCAAACACCCCAUGGAGAAAAGUCAAAAAUAAUGGAAAUGGCAAGAGAUUUUCUUCCAUCACUAAAGAAUAUUUUUGGAAAUCCACUGUACUUGUUAUAUUUGUGUGCGAGCACUGUUCAGUUCAACUCUUUAUUUGGAAUGGUAACCUAUAAACCCAAGUACAUUGAGCAACAGUAUGGGCAGUCAGCCUCCAAGGCCAACUUCGUUAUUGGGCUCAUCAAUAUACCUGCAGUGGCCCUUGGAAUAUUCUCUGGGGGAAUAGUUAUGAAAAAAUUCCGAAUCAGUCUGUAUGGAGCUGCAAAACUCUACUUGGGAUCAUCUGUUCUUGGGUACCUCCUAUUCCUUUCCCUGUUUGCACUGGGCUGUGAAAAUUCUGAUGUGGCAGGACUAACUAUUUCCUACCAAGGAACCAAACCUGUCUCUUAUCAUGAACGAGCUCUCUUUUCAGAUUGCAACUCAAGAUGCAAAUGUUCAGAGACAAAAUGGGAACCUGUGUGUGGCGACAAUGGAAUCACAUAUGCAUCGGCAUGUCUCGCUGGCUGUCAGACCUCCACCAGCAAUGGACAAACUAUGAUGUUUUAUAACUGCACCUGUGUGGGAAUUGCAGCCUCAAAGUCAGGAAAUUCCUCAGGCGUGAUGGGCAGGUGUCAAAAAGAUAAUGGAUGUCCCAAAAUGUUUCUGUAUUUCCUUGUAGUUUCAGUCAUCACAUCCUAUACUUUAUCCCUAGGUGGCAUACCUGGAUACAUAUUGCUUCUAAGGUGCAUUAAGCCACAACUUAAGUCUUUUGCCCUGGGAAUCUACACCUUGGCAAUAAGAGUUCUUGCAGGAAUCCCAGCUCCCGUGUAUUUUGGAAUUUUGAUUGACACUUCAUGCCUCAAAUGGGGAUUUAAAAGAUGUGGAAGUAGAGGAUCCUGCAGAUUAUAUGAUUCAAAUGCUUUCAGACACAUAUAUCUGGGACUAACUGUGAUGCUGGGCACAGUGUCUAUUUUCCUAAGUAUUGCAGUACUUUUCACUUUAAAGAAAAAUUGUGUUUCAAAACAUAGAAGCUUCAGAACCAAGAGAGAAGGAACAAUGGUGUCUACAACAAUCAGGAAGGAAAACUGUACUACAGGUGAUCAUUUGCUACAACCCAACUACUGGCCAGGCAAGGAAACACAGCUUUAGAAAGAUUACGACUUGAAGCCAUGUUUUCUAAUUUCUGGAAAUUCUGCAAAUAGAUUUCAAUCUAAAGGGUUUUAAAGUGUAAUUUUUUUUCUCCUUUCAAAAGAUGUCUUGGAUUUUGACCCUAGGUAUUAGAUGACGUAUCUGAUAACAAAUAUAAUUAAACAUAUAACAGACAAUGUAGAUAAUAAAGUUCAUCUAAACCUUUUAAUUCAUUAUAUUAUUUAUAUAAAUUACUUAUAUUAUUUACUCGUCCUGCUAAAUUUUGCCUUGUGCCCAUUGAUAUAGUAGCUGUAUUUCUAGUAGAACAAGUGUCCUAAUAGUCUAAUGGCUGUGUGUAAUUUCUAAACUGAGAUACUUGUCAAGGGGGAGAGAAUACUGUUAAAAAAUUAAAUUAUAUCUUGGCCUCCUUUAAAUAUGACCUUAAUGCAGAUGUUAGGAUAGAGUCAGAACAUGUAGAGAAAGAUAUUUUUAAGCUCUUCCUUUUUUUUUUUUUUUUUUUGGAAUACAGUAAUCGAUACAGAAAUGUAUAGUGGCAAAUAAUCUUGGGGGAUUAGAAUUUUGGAUUAUUACCUAUUCUACCAUUCAUUAUAUGUGCAUUGUGUGUGAUGCUUAAAGUGACCUUGGUGGUAAAGGAAUAAAAUUAAUAUUAACGUGCUUUAUUGUCCUUCUAUAAAUUUAGUGGAUUAAAAAUAUUGGUAAUAUAAUACUGUCCCAAUUUGAAUGUAAGCUGUUACAUGUAUGCACGUGACGUGAUCCUAAAACAUAUUUGAAAGUUGAAUUUCUGAAAGUACAGUAGCCAUAGGUGUUAUAACAGGAAUGCAGACUGAGGGGUUGAGUGAUGGUGUGGUUCUUGGGUGCUCUAACUGGCACUCAUCACAGGGCCUAAUAGUUUCUGGGCAGGCUGCUGACACUGCUGCGGACUGCCAGAUAGCUCUCUGUUUCUGGACAACUGAAUAAGUCAGGGCAGCCCUUUCCUCUUUGCGGGCUUCCUGGUGCUCCUCUGAGAAGAUGUAGUAGGCUCAGCGGUCCACCAUCUUUAAUCGUCAGCUCUAUUAUGUACUAUAUUUUUCUAUCUCCACCACAGCUGCAUGAGAGGGGCUUGGGCCUCACAAGAAAAGCAGAAUUAAGGUAGAAACUGCCCCAGUGGAAUCUCGAAAUUGUACUGCAAUUAUUAGCAGCCUAUACAACAAACAGAAUGUGCAAUCAGGAAACUCCCAAAAAUAAGUUUUUUGAGGAGUUUCUUAGAGCCUAUGUCCAACAAGAAGGUCUAGCUCAAAAAGGUAAUAGUCUUCAACAAUGGAAGGAUAAUAUAGUACAAACAAAAUAGUUUGCUGUCUUUUCAUUUUUCCAUUACAUACCAAUCCUGUAAGUAUGAAUAGAAAAAAAAAGAUGGAAAGUUUAGGAUGGAGAGAAGAGAAAAUUUCCUUUAGGUGUAUAUUCAUUUUGUCAUUUUAUUUGAAUUAGUGAUGCAAGAUUUUCUCAUAUUUUACUAUUUAUGAAAAUGAAAAUAGACGUUUUUUGUUUCAAGCAUGCCUACAUCAGACCUGCUGCUGAUGUGCUAAUGUGAGAGCAGGAAUUCUUUUUUGUCAUCUCAGUAUCAAUCUUACCCACAAUAAAUAUUUACCAAGUUGGUGAGGGAGUAUACUUGUCAAGAAUUUGCUCUGUAGAGAUAUAAUUAAAGUUCAAGUUCUUCA